GACGAUCAUCGAAAGUGUUGCUAGGAGAUCAUCGUGUUAGUGACGUCACAGCAGCGUCCUCUGAAGUGCCCGUCAGUGACGUCACGUUGAAUGUUCAGAUCAACAACUAUGAAGCUUCUUCCUCUCGUGUGUCUCUGCGUCGUGACUCGGUCUGGAAUAACGUUUGCUGAUGAAAACGGUGGAGUGGUGGUGAAAGAAGACAGUGAUGCUGUGUUACCGUGUUCCCUCAGCACCAAGGAGAACAUCGAGACGAAGCUGUUUGACUGGAAGAAAGACGAUCACAAGGAGGUGUUCAUGUACGACGGAGGAGAUUAUUACGCUCACGGCCUUUCAGGUCAAGACAAACAGUUUGAAGGUCGAGUCUCACAUUUUAACGACGAGCUGAAGAACGGUAACGCCUCCAUAAAGAUCAGGAAGACCAAGGUGGCCGACAGUGGAAACUACACCUGUUUUUUUCCUCGUCUGCAGCCGAGUCAGAUGUUCCACAUUGAGCUGGUUGUUGGUGCUAUCUUAAAGGUCAGGUCAGAGGAAAACAUCCCAGGAGCAGCCCCAGAGCCUUAUGUUAGUACACUUAAUCAAACGAAGGAUGGGGUGGUGCUGCAGUGUUUAGUCAGAGGAGCUUCUCCUCGACCCAAAGUGGAGUGGAGGGACAGUUCUGGAAACAUCCUUCAUGCUAAAGAAGCACAGGUCACAGAAAGAGGAGGCAGCUACGACAUCAUCCUCCAAACCACUGUGACCAAGACCGGACGUUUCCGAUGUUUAUCGACACAGGACGAGAUCAACCAUCAAAUCUAUGCUGAGACCUACGUUCCUCUGGGUGGCGCUGCUUCCAAGCCGUCUGUCACCAUACUCGACCAAUCAAAGGACUGGUCUCUGCUGCAGUGUGAAGUUUAUGGAGCUUCUCCUCGACCUAAAGUGGAGUGGAGGGACAGUUCUGGAAACAUCCUUCAUGCUAAAGAAGCACAGGUCACAGAAAGAGGAGGCAGCUACGACAUCAUCCUCCAAACCACUGUGACCAAGACCGACCACUACAGCUGUGUGGUCACACAGGACCAGAUCAAACACCACACUGAGGCAGAGACCUACGUUCACAUCAACGUUUCAGAUUUCUCUGCUGGAUGGAUUAUUUCUACUGCUGUUGCUGCUGUCGUCAUCACUCUUAUUGUUGUUGUCAUCGUCCAGCUGUGCUCUUUGCCACAGGUCGCAUCAGUUGUCGUAAAGACGAGGAGAAAGGUGAACCCAUAAAAGACCGCACUGAAUCCGACCUUCUAGCUGAAUGAAGUCAGGUAGACUCACGUCGUGUUCCUUCAAACCUCUGACUCUGGAACUCCAAAGUUAUUGAAGCUAAUCUGCCUUAAUCCCAACAUGAAGAUGAUUUCAUCUGUUUGACCAUCAUGAUGUCAUACUUGAAAACAGCUGAGUGAGGGAUCAAAUCCAACCAGGUGUUUGUUCUCACAUUUUAAUGAACGCCGUGGAGAUCGGGCUUUUUCCAAUCAGAGCCCGUCGACUUUGGAACGACCUGAGGAGCAU